GAGUGUGACAGUGGGAAGCCCGAGAAAUCGACGCGGCCCCUUUAAGUGUCGUCUACCAGGAUGCUAAAGCUCACAUCUGGUCGUGAUCUCCCUGCCGAUCGCAUCAAUGUGUUUCUCCGCGCUGUGAUUUAUUAGAGGAGCAAACUUACACUACUCAGCGCUCCGCCGUACUGCACGAUAAAUACAUGCCGAUGGAUUUCGUUUUCUCUUGAGAACAGCUGUUGAACUUGAAUCGACUCUUUCUUUUUUUUUAACUUUCCCCCGGAUUGUUUUCUUCUUUCAGCGGGUGUUUUUAAUGUUAAAGGAAAGAGUUUAGUGCUUCUAUUACCCCUUUUUUUCCCGGAAGUUAUAAUGAAGGUGUUUUUCUGGACGGUUGUGGUUAUUGCCGAGUGGAUUCUACAAACGGUAGUUUGCUUGGAAAAGCAAGUGGGCAAGAGCCUGGAAUACCUGGAGCUGGGGGCCAAGGGAUCGGUGGUCAAAAGUUUACCGUACGGGGUUGGGGGAGGAGCAGUUGGAGGAAUCAAGCCACCAUUCCAAACGUCAAGGAUAUUUACGACAGCAGACAACCCCUUAAAAACCAAGACUCCUACUUACAGCUUCUUGAACCCAUAUGAAUGGGCUCGAAACCAGUCUCUGCUUCUGGAUCAGACCAGCUACCAAUCCAAGCGCAAACCCUUGCUGAAAACCUCCAGGUCCAAGAAAAUCUUCGGCUGGGGGGACUUCUACUUCAACAUCAAGACCAUGAAGUUCAGUCUGCUGGUGACUGGGAAGAUAGUGGACCACGUCAACGGGACCUUCAGCGUGUACUUCCGCCACAACUCCUCCAGCCUGGGCAACCUGUCCGUCAGCAUUGUGCCGCCCACCAAAGUCGUGGAAUUUGAUGUCCUUCAGCUGCAGCAGUCCACCAUCGAGACCAAGGAAACCAAGACCUUCAACUGCCGAGUGGAGUACGAGAAGACCAACCGAGCCCGCAAGACCAAACCCUGCCUCUACGACCCCUCCCAGACUUGCUUCUCCGAACACACGCAGAGCCACGCAGCCUGGCUUUGCGGGAAACCCUUCAAAGUCAUCUGCAUCUUCAUCUCCUUCUUCAGUAUUGACUAUAAACUGGUGCAGAAGGUCUGCCCGGACUACAACUUUCAGAAUGACCACCCCUAUUUCGGUUGAGGGCCGGAGGGAGUGUGGAUGGGAGUAUGGGCUUAAGUCAUAAUGCACUGUACCUCAGUUUUCUUUCUUGGGUUUGUAAGGGGGUGGCUUUGCCAUCAAAGAUGUACACACACAGUCCAUCAAUAAAUAGACACUGCAUAUAACAUUUCGGCACAGAACAUAAUUUUUUGAGGGCAGGCCAUGGUGCAGUGUCCUGCAAGUUAUGUACAAAGAUUGGAUCAUGUGAAUGAAGGUUGCCAUAACUCCUCAAAGGCAGCCUUCUUGAGCCCAUCAGCAUUUCCAGGUUUGGGAGAUCACCUUCUGUACCAGAUUUGUUCUAUUGGGUUCAUGUUGGGGGACUGGCUUACUUUCAGAUGGGACCUUAAUCCACUGUCCAAGAAUUCACCCACACUCACAGACACCUCUGUAAGAAAAGCCAGAUGGAUAUUUUUGCAGUAAUAGAGAAUAGAGAAUCACCCUGCGUUGAGUCCACCUAUUUUUAGGGUUAAUCACAGAAACCAUGGAUAGGUGGUUGACGCAAUCCAGGGAGAAUACCCAGUGCUAUAAAAUGCCCUAAUGGCUUAUUCUGGCAGCAUAUAGAUCGAUUCCUUAGUUCUUUUCAACCAUGUUGCUUUUGACUGUGAUUCUGUGCAGAUGGACAGACUGCUGUUAUGCACAGAACUAUUUAUAGAUAGAUUUUUGGUUCUUUGCUUUUAUUUUACGAUAUGCAAAACACUACAGCUGCCUGUAGAUCCUGAACUGCAGUGAUGAGGUACCAAGAAGAAGCAGAUAAUUUUUCAUGCAAAUAAUACAUUUGAAUGAAAAAAAAGAGCAAAGAACCAAAAGACCAAAACGAUAAGGGAAUCUGUGGUAUCGGGCAAGAUUCACAGAGCUUAAACUAAUGCGUUAUUUAAACAAUGUAUGGAUGGGCAAAUUACAUAAAAUAUAUGACUUCUUUCUAGACAGUGUACAAGAGUCCCGUGAAAACCAGACUUAAUCUAUUAACCUUGAAAACAACACACACACACACACACACACACACACUUUAAAUAACUGCUGAGUUGGAUAAUGCCAAUAAGAGGGAAUUAAAUGUGAUUUUGAAGUCUACUUCAUCGCUCCUUCAAGAACACCCAUCUGUUCGUAAUGAUAUUGUCAGCCACCCCACACUUACGGAACACAUUGUAGUCUAUACUUGUUUGCAUAAGGAGUGAUCUUAGACAUGCAUUCGCUGUAGUGUAGCAUGCUGUAUUUAUUUAUGAACUGCCUGUGUAGCUACACACAAACGCCAAUUAAGAAAACAGAGGUCUAGAAUUGGGGCAGAAGAGGAGUAUUGUGCUGCUGUAACUGAUAAUGUGUGUAGAAAUAACUAAAUAUAUGUAUAUAUGAAAAUGCAUAAAAGAAAUAUGAAAAUGUUUCCGUUUUGAUUUUUUUUAUCAUCCAGAUGAUAAUAACUACAAGAGCCUUGUGCAUUAAUGCAUCGAGCCAUUAUAUCUUCAGCUCAGUCUGCAUACUGAAUACUAAACAGACGCAGUUCGGCAGAAAAUAGUUCAGUAUUGAAAGAGAGCCUUUGUAUAAAUGUUUGUCUGCUGGACUAAGGAGUUGAUUUGGUACACCAGGACACAGCUGGGAUUAGACACAGCUGGGUUUUGUUAGAGCGUUUUACAGCACCAGAGAACCCUGAAUACAUGUGGUUGUCCCAGGAUUGCCACUAAAACUAAGUAGUUAAUGCAAUUCAGGUGAAUUCCUCAGUGCUAUAAAAUGUUCUAGUAAAAUCCAGGUGUGGUUUAUUCCGGUCAGGUUGAUCAAAUCACCCCCUAAGUUUCUUUUCUUUUUUUUCCAGAGUGUAUUUAACUGUGUCAGAUUUAAAAUAAAAUUAAUAAUGAUUGAUAAAUAAAUUAAUUAAUAAUGAUAAAUAAAUAAAUAAAUAAAUAAAUAAUGAACUGGGUUUUAAAUACAGACCUGGCCUCAGAUUAGAACCCUGAUGGACAUUUUUGGGGAACUGGAGUGACACUGUAGAGGAUACUGACAGAAAAAUAGAUAGGGUUACCGAAAUUCCAUGGUAUGGGUAUAGGGUGUCAAUUGCAGUCUGCAAUGAUGUGCAAGGUGCUGCUAAUUUAAUGCGAAGAACCAGGAUCUCUACUGACCAGAGUAAAUGGAUCGUAUUCUUAAACUCAGUGGUACAGAACAGAUCUCUUUUAUUAGGCUCAAGAAUCUAAUCCAGUCCUUUAAAACAGCUCCCAUGCUGCGUUUACAUGAAUAAAAAAAUGUGAACCAUCUACACGCUUUGAUGUAGAUUCACCAUGCCAUGUAAAAAGAAAACUCAGAUGUCUGUCAAAGUCAUGGGAUUAAUCUGCAUAGACCUUGGUUGGAAUGUAUACAGCGUUAACAGCAUCUGUGGCCAUGAGGGGGUAGAUGAGGUACAGUGUGGGCUGUCAUAGCAGAGACCAGAUCAAGAGUAGGCAAUCUUGGCUUUCUCACACCACGCUACUGCAGGACUUUAUUGCAAGCAGGUCCUAAUAUAUUGUAUUGAUCUUUCGAUCGGUCGAUGAAGCAGUGGUUUUUUAAAGGUAGAUAAAUUGAAUAAAACGCUUUAAAAAAAACAUUCCUGUUGCCAUGCAGCCGAAACCUUCAGCCUGCUAAAGGAAUGCUAUAUAGCUAAAACAUCAACUGUUGCAUUUUCCUUUCAGGAUUUUUAGCACAGACUAAACAUCGACCUUCAUUUUUCAGCUUGCACACCGAGGCAGGUCGCCCCUUUAUCAAAGGAAAAUGUUACCAAACUAGUGCAGCACAAUUCAGAAGCUUAAUGUAAGGACUCUGCAAGUCUACCAAGUGUGUGUUCUUUCCACAAAACAAAGGUGUAAAUUGAAAUACUGCGGUACAUAUAAAUAUCCUGUGGCUGUGCGUUAAUAAGAGCUUUAACAGGAUUGCUCUUUCUGUUACAUUUCUUGUUGUUUUUGUUUUUUACAAAAAAUAAAAUAAAAAAUAAUUAAAAAAAAAAACUUUUGUAUUAGUGCAAAUGUUUUAGGAUUUGAUAUUAGAAGCGUCCGUAGCUAAAUUGGGCAAGCAUUUGUAAGGAAGCACCAAAAUAAUAUACGGCAUCGCCAGUAUACAGUAAGAUGUGGUUACAAAACGUUAUAAAAAGCCGCAGUACCAAUGCAGUAAUAUACAAGAGCUUCAACAUAGAGGGCAGCAGUGUGGAGUAGUGGUUAGGGCUCUGGACUCUUGACCGGAGGGUCGUGGGUUCAAUCCCAGGUGGGGGACACUGCUGCUGUACCCUUGAGCAAGGUACUUUACCUAGAUUGCUCCAGUAAAAACCCAACUGUAUAAAUGGGUAAUUGUAUGUAUACAUAAUGUGAUUCUCGCCCAGGUAUUACUGGAACUAGCUUGGUUGAUAUUUGGCUCGAUCACACUUUGCACUCCAUCCAAAGUAAAAAGACUCUUUGUAUUUUUGUAAACACUCUCUCCAGAUUGAUCACUUAUGUAUUAUAGCCCUCUUUGGAUGUCACCGUUACUGCUGGUGUCUGUUUUUUUCUGUUUAUCGUUUGCUGAUUUAUAAUAAAAACAAAUAAGAUAAAAAGAAACUGCUCGUUUCUAGUGAGAACAUGAAAAGAGU